AUGUGGAGCGAUUUUGAGCCGCAAGCGGCGUCGAACGGCCCUCGCCACACCGCGCGACACCCCGCACCACGCGCCUUGCCGCUCCGCUACGACUCCCCGCUCCGCUACGACUCCCCGCUCCGCUACGACUCCCCGCUCCGCUACGACUCCCCACUCCGCUACGACUCCCUGCACCGCGCUCCGCUACGACUCCCCGCACUGCGCUCCGCUACGACUCCCCGCACUGCGCACCGCUACAACUCCCCGCACCGCUACGACUCCCCGCACCGCUACGACUCCCCGCACCGCUACGACUCCCCGCACCGCGCGCCACUACGACUCCCCACUCCGCUACAACUCCCCGCUCCGCUACGACUCCCUGCACCGCGCGCUUCUACGACUCUCCGUUCCGCUACAACUCCCCGCACCGCUACGACUCUCCGCAGCGCUACGACUCCCCGCAGCACUACGACUCCCCGCACCGCUACGAUUCCCCGUACCGCGCAACUCACUGCAACUCGCCGCAACCCGCAAUUCCCCUCCCGUGACUCCCCGCGUGACUCUCCGCUCCGCAGGUGGCGCCGCCGCGCCGCGCCAUGA